AUGUCAAGAUUUUACAACUCUAAUAAUGAUGAAAUUCUUUCUUCUAAAAUUAUAAUUGAAGGAGCCACUCCCUAAGUUGAACCUAAGAUUCUAUCAAACUCAGAUAUUUAAUUUUAAAGUGAAAUUAGUAACAUGGAAAGCAUGAGGUCAAUAAAUUAAGAGACCAAAAAAAAAAUUAAGCUCAUCUAAAAGAAUUCUUAAAUCUUUUCUCUCAAAUUUUAAGUAACAGUACUUUUAAUAUAAGCAACCUGCUCUUUUAAAUAGCAAAAAAUAAAUCUAACACAGCUUAUUUAAGAUUGAAAAAAAUAGUCAAGAUGGAAAAUUAAAGUAAGUAUUGAAUAAAUAGAUGCUCAAGAAAUUCAAAGAUAAUUUAUUAUAAAAUGCUCAUAUUUUAUCUCAUAAUGUAUUAUAAGAGAAAAAACCUCUACUCAAUUACUUAUUUUUAGAUUAUGUAGUAUAAGAUGGUAGGUAAUUAAAAAAAAAUAAACUCGCAAAUAAUAUAGAGAAACUUCUAUUCUUCUAAGUUUUCUUACCCUAAGACAAUUUUGUGAAAUAUUGGAAUUUAUUUAGCAUUCUAUUUAGCUUUUUUAUUCUUUGGUUUUCACCAUUCAUUACCUCGUUUUAAUUAUUAUAAAACUCAAGUGUUUAAUAAUCAAUAGUAUUUAUUUUCAUUUUUUUAUUGGUUGAUGGAUUAAUUACAUGCAAUAAAGCAUAUCUUAAAUAAGGAGAAGUAAUAAAUUAUAUAAUUAAAUUAGUUAGUUAUUAGUAGAAGAUAGAUAAUAAAUAAUUAUUUAAGAAAUCAAGUCUUAAGUGAUUUUUUAAAUCUUACUAUUUGGAUUUUGAUGUAUAAUGGAAUAGAAUACUUUUAAAUAAUUGAGAUGUUAUCAAUUUUUUAGAUCAUAAUAAUUAUUAAUACUGUUUAUAAAAAAAUCAAUAAUUUUGUUGAUUAUUUAUAUUUGAAUGGCAACUUAAGUGAAGUGUUAGAUCUAGUAUUUCUAAUAAUCUCCUUAUAUUAUUUUGUACACAUUAUAGGCUGUCUUUGGCAUUAUUUAGCAGUAAUAGGAGAGUAAUUAAAUGAAGUUUCAUGGAUCCAAAAACAUUCCCUUGAAAAUCAAUCUUAUAUAAUAAAAUAUGAUUAUGCUGUAUAUUGGGCUACUAUGACAAUGGUGACUGUUGGUUAUGGUGACAUUACUGCAUCAAAUCCUAUUGAAAUUGUUUUUUCAAAUUUUACAAUGUUUAUUAGUAGUUUUGUAUUUGCUUAUUCAAUGAAUUCAAUAGGGAUAAUUAUUAAGAAUCUUUAUGAUGUAAGAAAUUUAUACAAGUAAAGUAUCUCUAUAAUUAUAAAGAAGGUAAUUAAUUUUAAUUAAUGCUUACAUGAAGAAUAAUUUGGUUGAUGAUUCUAUAUCCAAUAGAGUUAGAAAUUAUUUAAAGAAUUAAGUUGAUCAUGAAUCUAAAAAUAAUUAAAUUGAAGUAUUAAUUGAAUUAUUAAUCAUAGGCUUAACAAAUUAUUGAUAAUCUACCACAUGGAUUAAGAGAUGAUGUUAAUAUAAACAUUAAAACUAGAAUAUUAUCAAAUAUGAAAUUGUUAGUAAACAACUUUUCCAAAUAAACUCAAUCUCAAAUAAUUCAUAAACUUGAAUAAGUUAAUUUUAUACCUAAUGAUAUAAUUCAUGAACCUGAAGGAUUAAAUAUAGAUUAGUAUCUGUAAAAUUUAAUCUAAGUACAUAGCUACUAUUUAGAUUAAGGUUCAGUAAGUCUUGUAGAAGUGCGUACAUAGAAAAUUAUAUAAGAAUAUAAAGAGGGGGAUACAUUGGGAGAACAUUCAUUUAUAAGUGGAAUAUCAUAAAAAUUCAAGUUAAUUAGUACAAGUUUCUGUUAAUUAUAUCGAAUUUCUAGAUAAGAUCUUUUGAAAGUACUUUAAAAUAAUUAGAAAGAUAAAGAAAUAUUCUAUUCUUUAUAAGAUUAAUUACUAUAUCUUUCUGAUUAUAGUCUAAUAAACAAGAAAUGUAAUUUCUGCCAUAAAUUUGAUCAUUAAAAUAGUGAUUGUUUUAUAAUCUCAUAUAAACCUAAUUUAGAGAAAAUAAUAAAGAUGUAGGAAUUUUUAUCAUAACCACGAAGUUAAUUAAAUAGAAAUGCACGUUAAAAAUUAAAAGUAGUAAAUUCAAUUUAAGUACUAUUAUAUUAAUUUAUAAGGGAAUAUAAAGUACCAUUUAAUAAUUUUAAUAAUGUGAAAUCGUAUCUAAUCAAAAUGAUUCUUUAACAAUUAUGAGUGGUACUAAAAGAAUAAAACAAUAUUCUACUCAUAGAUAGAGUGAUAAUAAAAUUGAAUAGCCAGAAUUAUCAUCUCUUAGUGAAUAAUCUCCAGAUAUAUAGAUAGAUAAAAUGACUCAUCGUAAACCUUCAUCUAAUUUUACUGGAAAAAUUAAUUUAUAAAACCUUUAAAAUAUUGAUAAUAAAGAUGCUUAAAGAAAGAUAUCUAUAGCAAUAUUAAAAGAAUAAACUUUAAAUAUAGAACAUCCAAGUUAAUAAAUCAUUUAAUUAAGAUCUAUCAAAAAUCUAUCUAAUACAGCUAUAUUAGAAUAUGAAGAUCAUAUCAAAUAAGUCAAAUUUAUUAAUCUUGAUAUUGAUAAAGGUUAUGAAUUUUAAAAUUAUUUACCAUAAAAUAAUCUUUAAAAUGUAAUUCUAAAUUACAAUAAAUAAAAAGUUAAAUUUAUACCUAUUUACUCAAAAAACAUGAAUAAAUCUUUGAAAUACACUUUUUAUUAUAAAAUAGCCAAAUUAGCAUGUUAAAUGAGAAUGAUAUCUGCUCCAAUUACAAGAAAAUUAUUAAAAGGUCAUCAAAUGAAGAAACAUUAAAAUGAUUUUUGA